CACGCAUGCGCAAAUCGUCUGUUUUCAAACGAGUGGCAGUAUUACGGCGGUAGAAAGCAGGCGCUACAUUAUUUACUAUUUAUCAGGUUUAUCUUCAAACAGCGUUUCUUUAAUAAUGGAUUUAGACACUGGAGCAUACGAACCGGGAUUUGUUGGAAUCCGGUUUUGUCAAGAAUGCAACAACAUGUUGUACCCCAAAGAGGACAAGGAGAACCGUAUCCUGCUUUAUGCGUGCAGGAACUGUGACUACCAGCAGGAGGCAGACAACAGCUGCAUCUAUGUCAACAAGAUCACCCACGAGGUUGAUGAGUUGACACAAAUCAUCGCUGAUGUAUCUCAGGAUCCAACACUACCAAGGACAGAGGACCACCCCUGUCCCAAAUGUGGUCACAAGGAGGCAGUGUUUUUCCAGUCCCACAGUAUGAAGGCUGAGGAUGCUAUGAGACUGUACUAUGUCUGUACGGCACCUCACUGCGGGCACAGGUGGACAGAGUAAAGCUGGUGAUAAUGGAGAGGUCUAACAUUCGCCGUGUGUCAGUUUGUCAGAAACCAUCUUGUGAAUAUAAUGUAUUAAUAGUUUUUUAACAGUUGUAAUUUUUUAAAUGUGUUUGCUUACAUUAAAAGAAACAGAAGAUUCAAA